UAUUCGGCGGAUGUGUCAUUGGGACUUACAGCGGGAAGUGGCCCAAAAUACAUGCAGCAUCUAGGCCUGACAAGUAUGCCUUGAUUCUGCGACACGCUCAGAUAGCGUCGCUCGGAUACCGCAGUAUGACUUCCUAGAUGGGCGCAACGCCAUCCGUAAACUGCAUCCGAACCAAAGCCGAUGAGACCACUUGGAUCUCUUGACACUGCUCGGCUCUUAACGACCUCGUUCGACCGACCCCCACUGUAAUCGGAAUGUCACGCGUCAUAUUUAACAGCGGACGGUUCAGCCCUCCGCCUGUCCAGCGCACCGUUGGUCGCGUCUACUGCUACGAUGGCGCUGCUUGUACAGGAAGCUAUGACAGCGAUCACCUCCCUGGGUCUGUUGCCCAGCCUCAUCCUCGGGGUCGUUCUCUACUGGUCGUUCCGUGCCCACCGACAGACAAGAGCCCUGAGCCACAUCCCCACCGCGGGCGGGCCAUCGCUCCCUAUUCUUUCUUACAUUGGCGCCUUUCGAGGUCUCAUCGACGACAGACAGAUCCUCCAGGAAGGGUACGCGAAGUACAAGGGACGUGCGUUCAAAAUCGCCACCAUCUCCGGCUGGACUGUCGUCAUUUCCGGGCCCAAGUUGGUCGAAGAGCUGCGCAAGGCUGGUGACGACGAACUCUCUCUUUCCCGUGCUAUGGGUCAGGUUCUGCAGAUUGAGUACACUCUUGGCCACCACCCGGACGACGCGUAUCACACGAAUGUUAUUCGUGCGCAGUUAAAGAGCAAUCUCGACGCGGUCUUCCCGACGAUGUACGAUGAACUGUCCACGGCAUUCGAUGAGGAGGUUCCUGCUACACCUGAUUGGAAGGCCUACACCACCUUUGAGAUUCUCAAGGACGUCGUGGCCCGAACCAGCGGUCGUGUCUUCGUUGGUCUGCCCAUGUGCAGAGACAAGGAAUAUCUCGCUCUCAACAAACAAUAUCCGGUCGACAUGGUCAUCAGGGGCCUAAUCAUUCGCUCCUUCCCGGAUGAACUGAGGCCCUUUGCAGGCAAACUAUUCUCUGCGUUUCCCUAUCACUUGCGCAACGGCAUCAAACAUCUCGGCCCCUCGAUCACCGAGCGCCUGCGGCUGCGCCAAGAAUAUGGUGCAAAGUGGGAAGGCAGACCGAAUGACAUGCUACAGUGGCUGAUCGAUGGCGCGCCUUGCGAUGAGAAGCUCACAGUUCCUCAACUCGUUACGCACAUGUUGCACGUUAAUAGCACGGCUAUCCUCACCUCAUCUGUCACAUUAACCCAGGCGCUCCUGCUUCUUGCGGCUAAUCAGCAAUAUGUCAAACCCCUCCGCGAGGAAGUAGAAGCCGUUCUGAAGGAGCACGGCUGGACACGCAAGGCCGUACUUGAGAUGCACAAGGUCGAUAGCUUCAUCAGGGAGUCCCAGCGUAUCGCUGGCAUCGGAAACACGCACAUCUUCCGCGUUGCGAUGAAGGACUACACCUUCUCAGAUGGCACGUUCGUGCCGGAGGGAACGUUCGUCGCCAUGGCAUCGAAGGCGACACACACGGACGAGACCAUUUACCCCCGGGCGAACGAGUUUGAUCCCUUCAGGUUCUCCGAAAUGCGCGAGAAAGAUAACAACACGGAGGACAUGACCUCUAAGUACGGUAUGGUUACCCUUGGCACGAAUCACGUUCCCUUCGGACAUGGCAAGCACGCAUGCCCCGGACGCUUUUUCGCGGCUGUUGAGCUGAAGGCGAUGUUGGCGCAUCUCUUGAUAACGUACGACGUCCGACCGGAGAAGGAGGGCGUUCAGCCGCCGAGGUCUUUCCAGGGGGGUGCUAACACGAUGAAGAUCUUCUUCCGUAAGAGACAGACGUAGUUGUCUCGCUUGGUAUGAUUUCUCAGGCAACUAUGCGGAGGUGCCC